AUGGCGAUCAACUUCUCCGCGUCGUUCGCUGCGUGUUUGGCUGCCGGGUUGAAGGUGCCGCGCCAGAUCAUGUACUGCAUAUCCCAGGACACUGGCGCGCCGUACGUGCUCUACAAGGACGACAUGGAACGCGCGCAGCAGCAGUGGGGUCCUCUGGAUGGUUAUCAGGCGCAUCAUCACCAGCAGCAGCAGCAGCACCAGCAGCAGCAGAACCAACAACAGCAGCCUCCAGACAGCCCUGCCCACCAGCAAGACAACCUACCAGCAACGCGCUCCGAGCCGAUGACCAGCCCCGCGCCUAGCCCGUACCCGUCCACUGCGCAGCCGCCUACGCAGACAACGCAGAGCCAGCAAGAUAGCACUACACAGCAACAGCUCGAUGAUGAUCAUCCUGCUUUACAGCAACCCUCUCCUGAAAUGGAUCCCACGAGAACAGUUGUGAAUGGCACUCAACAGCAAUGUUUUGCUCCUGUUCAAGAUCAGCAACAUCAACCAGACAUGUCAGCAUAUGCUCCGCAAUAUUUCAAAGAAAACCGUCCUCUGCAACACAACAGUACACCUGGGCCACCUUCCAUGUUGCCUCCUGCAUCCGCUGCGGGUUUUGGAGCAUUACACUAUUUAAAGCAACCGCCUCCUGGAGGAGGAAUGCUGCCAGGAUUAACUAUGGAUCAGCAACAGUCCGGAACGACAGAUCAAUACAACUCGAUGCCAGACAUACUUCAGCAAGGUCUGGUGCCCGUAAAGAGCGGAAAAGGCGGUCCUAACGGUGAUCUUCGACUAUUCAAAUGUUUAACCUGUGGCAAGGACUUCAAACAGAAGUCAACGCUGCUGCAGCACGAGCGCAUUCAUACCGAUUCACGUCCGUAUGGUUGUCCGGAAUGCGGCAAACGCUUUCGCCAGCAGAGCCAUCUAACGCAGCAUCUACGGAUACACGCCAACGAGAAGCCAUACGCCUGCGUAUACUGUCCAAGAACGUUUCGCCAACGAGCCAUCCUCAACCAGCAUCUGCGCAUUCAUUCGGGUGAGAAGCCCUAUUCUUGCGGCGAAUGCGGGAAACACUUCCGGCAGAAGGCCAUUCUCAACCAACACGUGCGCACCCACCAAGAUGUUUCACCUCACCUGAUAUUCAAGAAUGGUAUGACACCGACGCUUUGGCCUCAAGACGUACCUUUUCCAGAAGAUGGUGGCAAGGAAGAAGUUGCUAGUACAUUUGGCGAUGCCGGGGACAGCGCUCAAGGGCCACCAGAUGCGAGAAUGGGCUACAGUCCGGAUCCGAAUGGUGUCGCAGCACAAUACCCUGCGUACUUCAAAGAUUCUAAGGGCAUGAAUCACUCGGUCUUCGGCGCGGCGGCAAAUUUCGGCGCUCUGCAUUAUUUGAAACAACAGGGCCAGAAGCCAAACAAUUGUCUGCCUGAUGUCAUCCAACAUGGUCGGUCAGCUGGCAUGCCGUUAUACGUGCGUUGUCCAAUUUGCCAGAAGGAAUUCAAACAAAAAUCAACACUCCUACAACACGGAUGCAUACAUAUCGAGUCUCGUCCUUACCCGUGUCCUGAAUGCGGAAAACGCUUUCGCCAGCAGAGUCAUCUCACGCAGCAUUUACGUAUUCACACGAAUGAAAAACCGUACGGCUGCGUCUAUUGUCCGCGGUUUUUCAGACAGCGAACGAUAUUAAAUCAGCAUAUACGGAUACAUACGGGCGAAAAGCCGUACAAAUGCGCGCAGUGCGGUAAGGACUUCAGGCAAAAGGCUAUUUUGGAUCAACAUACUAGGACGCACCAGGGCGACAGGCCAUUCUGUUGUCCGAUGCCGAACUGCCGACGGCGGUUUGCGACGGAACCAGAAGUCAAAAAGCAUAUAGACAACCACAUGAACCCGCAUGCUGCCAAGAGCAGGCGUAACAAUUCCAUCGCCGGCGUCAUGGGCCAGGAUCAUCAAGUGUUGGGGAAACAAAAUUCUUUACUGGGGCCUGUGAAACACGAGCUUUACUUCCCGCAGUGCUACGCUCCGCCAUUCAAUCAGCAGUUUGCGCCGCCUCCACCAAGUGUUGCAUCGGUCGAAGGUACCGGGUCGGGCGCGGAAUUCAAGACGCCUGCGAGUGGCAUCUUUAAACCGCCGCCCGGCACGGGACAACCGGCGCAGUGA